AGAGAGAGACAGAGAGAGAGAGAGGUGGGAGAGAGGUGGGAGGGGGUCUAGUAACGGUUUACAUUGCACUUCAAACACCAAACUCAAGCAGUGGAAAUGUACUGGCGUGAGACCCCAGUGGUGUGCGUUUGUGCAAAAAAACGCUGCUUUGCUACUGACGAGGAAGCCCGUGCAAAUCAAAGGCUUGCCAAAAAAAACCAAAAAAAAAAACACACUGAAAUAAACACCAAGCAGCAGAGGAAAUGUCACCCUGUAGCACCGAGGAGUACACCAGCAGGCUAGGCAUCUCAUGCCUACUGUACAUGACGGGUCACGUACACUCAGUCCUAGUGCUCUUUUAGAACUAGUGGAAGACGAUGGCUAAAGUAGAGAUAGAGCCACCUGACGGAUGAGCUCACUAGAUCUUCAAACUCAUGAUCAUAUGUAUGAUUAUAACGUCUUACUUCGCUCCAACAUGGAUAGCUGGCUGCUGCAUAAUAAACUUGCACUCAAGAAAGCCUAGAUGUGAUCAAACACAACAGCUUUAUUUGUUUCAUAGUGUUCUGUUUCUAAUCUUUAUGUUUAAGGAGUAAAUGUUGUAUUAUCUUUAAUGUUUAUAUGUUUGAUGAUGUGCUACACAUUGUACUGUUUGUGUACAUUUAUUUUUGCAGUAAAGAGGCACAUAAAGAAAUACACUAUCUAAACUAUGUAAAGAUGCUAAAGGGAAAAAAAAGCAAUAAAAUAAAUGAUUAAAUUAUAGGUCCAUAUGUGUGUAAAUGUGUGUGCUUGUGUUACAGAACAAAGCUGCAGACUGAAAGCUAUGGCUUGCUAGCAGUGGCUAGCGAAGGUUCCACCACCACCACCAUGCGAAGCCCUGCCCCCUGACUAUGGAAACAGAGGUUGCGGAUGGAUAUCUGGCUAGUAACGGCGACUGCUCUCCAAGGAAGGAGCACGCGAGGAUGCUGGUGGACCUGUCCUUGAACAGCACGCCCAACGGGCAGCACUCCCCUAAUACACACACGAUAAAGCAAGAAGAAGCAACGGAGGAGGAGGGGGAGAAGAGAGCCCUGGGCAUAGAGGAGGAGGUGGGACAAAGCGGCGAAGAAGGCUCCGGAUUGGAGGAGCCCAUGAUUGACAGCCCCAGCAACCCGCAGGACGGAGGGCCGGGGGCGGACGGACCAGGCGAUGCUGGCGCCCGGCUACCGAACGGUGAGAGGCCCUUCCAUUGUAACCAGUGCGGUGUGGCUUUCACCCAGAAGGGGAACCUCCUGCGGCACAUCAAGCUUCACACGGGAGAGAAGCCCUUCAAGUGCCCCUUCUGCAGCUACGCCUGCCGCCGCCGCGACGCGCUAACCGGCCACCUGCGCACACACUCGGUGGGAAAGCCACACAAGUGCAACUACUGUGGGCGGAGCUACAAACAACGCACGUCAUUGGAGGAGCACAAAGAGCGCUGUCAUAAUUACCUGCAGAGUGUCAACAUGGACUCCGCCCAGAACACCGGGCCAUACCAAGGGGACGCGCUGAAGGACCAGAAGGUCUCGAUGGAGGGCCUGGCCAUGGCGCCGUUCGACCGGCCUCCCGUUAUCGAGAGGCUGCAGGCCAACGUGGGCAAGAGGAAGAGCACCACGCCGCAGAAGUUCGUGGAGGAGAAGAUGGUGCGCUACGGCUAUCCGGAGAUGAGCUACGAGCUGGGCGUGAAGUACGAGAAGGAGGCGGAGCUGGUGCAGGCCCACAUGAUGGACCAGGCCAUCAGCAACGCCAUCUCCUACAUGGGGGCGGAGUCCCUGCGCUCCCACCUGCCUCACCCGCAGUUCGCCAUGGGCGACGUGGUGCCCCUCAUCAACCCCCUCUUCUCCUACCCGCUGGCGCCCCGCCUGGAACGGCCCGGCGGGCGGGACACCGCGCCCCUGCCGCUGGCCCCCCCGGAUUUCCCCCCCUCCAGCAACGGCCCCAUCUCCCUGGUGCGGCCCCGGCACCCCCCCGCGCUGCGGGAGGAGUCGCCUAGCAACAGCUGCCUGGACUCGGCCGACUCGGAGCGCAGCAGCCCGCAGGACAAGCAGCAGGCCCCCCCCCACCUGAACCACGCCGGCUACCCCCUCGUCAGCCCCGCCUACGCCAAGGAGCCGGGGCGGGGGGCGGAGCCGGGGGCCAGGGAGGCGGCCGAGGCGGGGGCGGGGAAGGCGGGCGCGGUGGCGGCAGAGCGCCCCCCCAGCCGGGAGGCCUACCGCGUCUUCAGCAAGGAGGGUCGGGAGCUGAGAGCCUUCCGCUGCGCGCACUGCCGGGUCCUCUUCCUGGACCACGUCAUGUACACCAUCCACAUGGGUUGCCACGGCUACCGCGACCCCCUGGAGUGCAACAUCUGCGGCCACCGCAGCCAGGACCGCUACGAGUUCUCCUCGCACAUCGUCCGCGGGGAGCACACCUUCCACUAGGGGGCGCACGCACGCGCAGGGCGGCGAGCUCCCUGGCGGAGGUCGCGCAACUUUCGCGUCACAAAUAUAUGCGCGUGUGCGCACGCUCGCGCAAACACACACACACACACUCACGCGCGCACAUAUUACAUAUAAUUUCAGACAGCUUGAAGCUUACAUUUUUAUUUUUUCGACAAAUUUAUGAAGGCUUGGGUCCAAGAAAUACGUACUCUGUUUUUAAGCCGUCUGAAGCGUUGUAAAAUAGGGAAAAAGGUGAUUGAUGAAGUUUUAUGUCCUUUAUUUUAUUUCCACCUGCCAACCCUACCAUAAAAAAUGAACAAAACGGUACACCGAAGGUUUGCCUUUGUCUACUCAGGGUGUGGUCUGUGGUCCUUUUCUUUAUCAGAGCAGCUACGUACGGGAACUGUUAUGAAGUUUGAUGAUUUCCAUCCACAAUGUUGAGCCAUUUCUCUGACGUUUACAUCUCAGUAUGCUUCCAUCUGUCUAUUUAUUGUCUCCCUCCUUCUUCAUCUUUUUCCUGACCCUAGUCCUCAACCCCUGACCCGCCUCUUUCCACAGACAAUCUGAAGUGUGUUACAUGUUACCUGGUUAUACGUAAACAUUGAACUACUGUGCCUAAAAUGCAGUAUGCCUUGUGAACAUCUGGAAUCGUAUAUAUAUAUAUAUAUAUAUAUAUAUAUGUAUAUGAUACAACAUAUAUAGGAUGUGGCUGUGGAUUUUUUUAUUUUAAUUUUUUUACAUGUAGCCAGGCAGUACGGUAAGGGCAACACUCUCCUUUUCACGUCAGCAUUAGGCUAAUUUUGUGGAAACGUGAAUCGACCUGGUUUCGUCAAAACACGAAACAUGAAAGUGAGAGAUUACCUGAGCUGACUUUUGGAAGAUUACAAGAAUCAAAGUCACUCCAAAACCGGCACCCAAACUGAACUCCCUCUCUCUCUCCCUCUCUCUCUCUCUCUCUCUCUGGGAAGUGGCUGAGUGCUCUGAAGUCACGACUCGAACUGAAGAGGUUGCACUAAACAGAUGCCGUAACCACGGUGACUGUUGCUCCUCGAUAUCUUCUUUCACCGAGGCUGGUAGCAGGCAACCCAAUAGCAAGCUGAAAUGCGUCUUUUCAUGUUUUGUCACCUGCGGUUCAGUAGAAUAUGUCAUGUUCAAUAGGAAUGGCAGUCGAGUGCAUAACAAGACCAGGUCAAAGCCUAGCAUGUGGCUGGACCGGCCGACCAAUGGUGUGACUUCGUCACUCAGUCACUCAGUCAGUCACAGACAUUUGCUUUUAUAGGGCUGGCCCCGCUUGUUGCGGUCCAGCCAAAAAAUACCGGGUGAGCUUGAUUAAAGCCUGUCGGUGAUAAUAUGGGAACUGCUGUUUAAAAUAGAAUAUAGGCUUUCCUAAAAGGUUCACGCCCUGCCACUUCCCAAUUUGUACUGAACACCAGCUAUAAACAAGUAGCGAGCACUAGAUAAGAAGAAGAGAAGAAGAAGAAGAAGAAGAAGAGAGCACUCUGGAAACAUAUUCCAGCUGAACUGGGAGCGUGAAACCCCCAGUCUUUUUAGUUCUUUCGCCGGCUGGAUUGAUAGCAUCCUCUGUCUCCUGGUUCAUGGCGGUUCUCUAUGCCAAACUCUCUCUGCUGGUUGUGUCAUUGUUUUGAUGCACAGCAGGGUCACGGUACGAACUGUGUGUUAAGCACUGAAUCUGUGUAUCGUGUGUUGAUACUGUACAACGACAAAUAUGAAAGUGUCCACAGCCACACAGAAUAGGAGAAUAGCUGCCAGUGGUCAGGCUUUUCUGCAACACACUUUCUCUGGAGCUACUUUCUCCUGGAGAUGCGAUACAUGGGCACGCGACUUACACCAGUGUUUGUAGGCAUUUUUUAAAAACUUUUUAUUUUUAUUUUAUUGUGGCAUUAUUUACGCAAAAAGUGUAGCGUAUCGGUGGUUUAAUUGUCCUUAUCCGAAGAAACUUCUUCUUUCUACAUGACACAAGUGUUGGGUUUCCAUCUGUACUGGAUAAAUCAGUAUGGUCAGUUGUUGGCUUGUUGCGGGAGCUUAUGUAUAGAACACAGGCUUUCACUUGUUUACGUUGUUUUCUGAUCCAAAAAUAAUAACCGUUUACUUAUUCCCGGGGAAGGUGGGAUGGAUUAUUUAUUUAUUUGAAUCCUUUUUUAGUUUUCUUGGCUCAAUGAUAUUGUACAUGUUCACCGAUGUGUUAUGUUGUCCAUAUUUUACUUGUGCAUUAUUGCAAACAUCAUCUUUUUGUUCAUUGAUGCCUCUAAGAUCAAUUGUCUUAUACAUUUUUUUUUUCCUUUCAAAUAAUGCAACCUAGUUUAUUUGAUUGUGAUUAAUGUUACUGGGAUAUGUAUUAAUAUUGACAUGUUAUUCCAAAUUAUUUGCUGGGCAUAUUAGAAUAUCGGCAUACCCUUAUGUUCUGUUAAAUACACACAGAAUGUCCCAAAUACUUCUAGAAUAAAUAGUUCAUCAGCAAAGUAUUGCAAGAAUUUAAGAUAAGUGACAGCACAAUACUCACAUCUUUAUAGCUUUACAUUCUGUCCUCUAGCAUUUAAGGUGUACUGUUAAAUACAUUUGGGGGGGGAAGGGCUGGUAAACAGUACACAAUUUACUGAAACAAUGUCACAGACAAACUGAAAGGUGUGUUGUAGGUGUGUUGUUUACAGACGUCCAAAGCUUUAAUAUCUUCCAUGGUGCUCUGUGUGUGUUUUUCUUUUUUGUUUGUUUUAUUUUUUAUUUUUUGCUUUUGCAAAAACUUUUUUUUUUCUUUUUUAAUGCACUCACUUUGGAAAGCGCUUUGCAAGGAUACAAGAACUGUGAAUUGUGAAAUUAUCAUGAGAAGGAAGAACAUAACUAAGAAGGAUCAGAAGUGGAGUUCUGUUUCACUAUUCUGUUAUAAAUACAAAGUGACUUUUAACUCAUCUAGCAUUUUCCAGAAAACAAAGGUAAAUGCAAGGGCAUUUUAUAAUGCAUCUAGGGCACCCCAAACAACAAAUGUCACAUUAUUACAAAUUCAGAAUUUGUACUAUUCUUUAUUUUAGUUCAACUGGGGACAUUCACAGUUGAUUUUGAACAAAGUGACAAAGGGGUUUGUCUCUUUCUGUCUUUUGUCCGAGCUGUUUUGACAAUAUAGACUAGUCAAAUGAUGGUUUAAAAAGGAAUAUGAAGUGUAUAAUAUAUACCAGCAAAUUAUUGCUGAGUACGAGAGAACAAAGGGGUGGAUAUUUUAAUAUACUUGAAACCAUAGAAACCCAGUUGAGCACAGAGUAUAUUUUACGCAAGGAAAGUGCAAUAGCUGGCUAUUUUUUCAGAGUACAAAUGUGUAAAUAGAUAAGUAAAAAAAAAAGGUUUGACUUUUAAAAUGUUUUUAAAUGCCUGCAAAUCAACAAACUGGAAGUGUAAAAGUUUUUUUUGUAAUAUAUACAUAAUAUAUACAUGAGUUGCAUAUAUUAUAUUUUGGUACUGAUUUUGAAAUGGGGUUUACUGUGCUUUACUUGCACUGAAUAAUGUUUAGUCUUAUAAAUGUUGGGAUCUCAGGUACUUAUGUCUGUGGGUGUAACUUCCCCUGCCCUUUAAUUCAGUGCUAAAUAUGGGACAAAAUUUGCUCUUUUUUUCUUUUUUUCUUGGCAGCUGUUGCUUAUUCCACAAUGAAGAAACAGAAGAGGAUUUAAAGAUGUUUGUGUGUUUUAAUACGCAUACCCAUACACAGUGUUUUGUUAUUUUAUCUUAUGUUAUUGUUUUUGUUUGAUUGAGACACUGUUGUGCAGUGUUACAUUUACAAAGCAUGGGUCAUUUCUACAUUAAAAAAAAAAAGAAAAAACAAAAACUGA